UCGAAGGCGUCACGCUAAAUGUGUCAUUUCGACAGAUCGAGUCUGUUUCUGACGCGGCGACAAGAUGCGAAAUAAUGACUGAAACACAUCGUUAGGACUCGUUUAAACGGUUCAUUUCGAUCAAAUAUUUCCCGGUUCGCUUUUCCUUAACAGGGUGAGGACGAUGUUUCCAUCGGGGAACAUGUCUGUUAUCGCGGCGAUGCUGAUGCUGCUGGCCGUCGUCCUGUGCUCAUCCCCGGUCACCGGUAAUGAGGACUGUUUGUGGUACGUGGACAAAAACGGAACCUGGCACAACGGCUUCGACUGCCCGCUCAUUACGUUCUGCUGUGGCAACUGCCAGCAGCGCUACUGCUGCCUGGACGCCUUUAAGAUGAUCACCGAGCGGGAGCAGAAGCGCUGCAUGCUCUUCCAGUUCAGCCCUACGACCCUCGCUGGCAUCGCCUCGUCCGUCCUCCUCUUCGUGGCGAUCAUCGCCACAAUGGUGUGCUGCUUCAUGUGUUCCUGCUGUUACCUCUACCAGAGGAUGCAGCGACGGGGACGGACCCCUUAUGAUGCGCAACACAUCCCCAUGUCCAACUACCCGGUGGAGCCAAUGUAUGAUGCUUAUGGGAAACCACUGGGACCAACAGAGUACCCGCAUGCUGGUUAUCCAAUGGCUCCCCAGUACCCAGGGAUGCCCCCACAGUACCCCAUGAUGCAGCCAGGACCUUAUGCUGGACAACCCAUGGAGCCUGCAUACAGCCAGGCUCCUCCUCCGUACUCACCGCCCCAGUAUCCGGGUCAUUGAUGAGCUGGUUGGGACACAAGGGAGAAAAACAGACUGUUUCGGCAGGAAAAGGCAGCAGCACACACUCACAGACGCACGCUACAUUGCUUUAUACAGGACAGAUAACCGGAUGCACUUUAAGCUUUUGUUCUUUGUCCGUAUCUAACGUUCCCUCAACCGAGUGACUGACUGGUUCAGGUGUGACUUGUGAAGGCGACGCUUCCGAGGAGCUUUAUCACGGCGGGAUGCUCCCAAAAAGGGGUGCGUGGGGAAAAUAACGCAGGUUGUAAACAGGAGACCAACACAAACCACUAGCAGCCCGUCUUUCCAAAGAAAUAGACAAAUGUUUAGAUUUUAAAAAUAAGCCAUAAAAAAAGAAAACAUUCUACUGGCUAUUGUGAUUUUAAUAAAACAACUUCAGAUUUGGCCUGUAGGUUACUACCUUCACUUUUAUUGGUGGAACUCAACUGAGCGCUGUGAAUAACGGGUGCAUGUCUGGCUCCCCUUUUUAAGACCAAUAAGCGAAUGACACUCCCUCCUCCUCAAGAAGACUCACCUGCUCGUUGAAACCUUGUCUACUACUGGGUAGUGUUAGUGGCUUAUUUCAUGUCCCACCUGACCAUCAGCAUGCUACCCAGCCGCUCGCCUCCUUCCGGAUGACGGAGCUUCAUCUCAGCGUGAUGGAUAUUUAUUUCUUCUCAUGUAUUAUUUCAGGGACGGACGUGAACUCUACACUUUUGUAAAUCUGAUAAUUUAUUAACAGACGAAGAAUAACAUUGUCGUACCGCGUUUUAAUAUUCGGAGUCGCUACCUGUCGGAAUGUGUUCUCAACUUCAUGACGCGCAUUCGUGAAGUGCUGAAAUGUGGAGAGCUGCUGAUGGAGCUUCCUGUGGUCCUGUUCUCCUCAGGUCUUUUAUUUCUGCUUUUAUUGGCACCACGUUGUGCGCACAGCUUCCCUCUAUGUGUGAACAUGUAGUGUAAAUAACCGCUCAUAUUUAUUUUUUUAAUACGUUUGUCUACUUGCACUGGUAGUGAAAAGCUCUGCCGAUGUUUGGUUGUGACGUCAGAGGUUUUGGCUGAAUGAACGUAACUGGAAAAAAAACUACCAAUGCAUUUCAAAUCUGGGGUCGUGAUCCUUGCAUUGUUGUGAUGGCUUUCUGCUUCCCAAGUUCUUUGGAAGUUCUUUUUCAGUUUUUCUUCUGAAUCUUAAGCUUAUUCUGAGUAGUUUUUUGUGAAGCAAGCUGCUCCACAUUUGUCUCACCCAAUUACUAUCUCUUGUUUUAUUAAAAUUGCCUCUGAAUAUAAUUUUGCAUGGAAUGGCUAAGUCAAAAUGUUGCUGUGAAUUUGGUCCUGAUUGUUUUUAAGUCUAAAUCUGACGCCAUUUUCAACUCUCAGUCCUUCAAACAAGGUUAACACUACAGAUUAGUGUGGUUGUCGAGAGCACCUCAUACAGAGACAGAAUCCAAGACUAAACAAAUAAAUCAAGAACUGAAAUGAUAACAUGACAAAGUAUUAGUUCUGCAUUGUUCUGUAUUCACGUUGGUCUGGGUCUCGACUUCAACACUACUCCAGGCUAAAUCGGAGCCCACUUGGGCCUCCAUUCUCUUCACUCCUCGCUAUGUAUCAGUUCUACUGUUUUUCCUCAACCUUUUCAUUUCUGUCUUCAUCUCAGAUGACUGCAGUUGUUUGUCCCACGGCACAAAUAAACCUGUCAACGUUACCUGAAUUUUAAAGUGUUUUUUGAAGCUCAGUGCUGCCACACGGCGAACACACAUGAUUGGCUCGUGCUAGAAUUUUCGUCAUUCUCUGGGCACAAUCCGCCCCAAGAGGAAAAAAAUCUCUGAGGCUCAGCGACCAGUGCGACCCAAAACAUUGGACGUAUGGGGCCAUUUCGCAAAGGACACGUACCUUUCUCAUCACAUUUUGGACAAUCCAAAUUAAAAAGUAAAAUAUUAUGAAGCAAAACUGCAUUGAACACGACUCAAGUCUUUACAUACAUAUUUUAUUUUAAUUUAUUUAAAUUCUACUGCAUUUACACACCACAACCAGCAAUGUUGCCGUGUUCCUCUGCCCGUACCCGUUGUAUUAGUCGACUAAUUGUUAUGAUAGUGUGACUAUGGUUGCAUCAUACAAUUUUACAAAAAUCUCUGAUAUUAAGGGAACAAAUAAAAGCUCAAAAUAAAACUUGGAACAAUUUUGUGGGUUUGUGCUCCUCUAGUUUUACGGUGUCAUGGUUGAUCUUUGUACAAUAUCAAUUUACAUUCUGGUUUAAUCGGAUAAGUUAUGUUCUAAAAAUCAACAUUUAUAUUGGAGAAAUAGAGUUUGAGCUGAGCCAAACAGCAAAGCUUGGCGCCAUUAGAUUAGAUAGCACUCCUCCCCUCGGUUAGAUUUUGGACUAAAAGAGGUUGGAAAGCUUGCUCAGCCUUGAGAGAUUCGUUGAAGAACCACUAUUGAUCUUAACUCCUGCUGCGACCCUGUUUGGUGUAGGUUAAUAAGUACAUCAGUUUGUUGCAUUAUAUAAUAAUAAAUAAUACAAUAUUCAAAGUUUCCCCUGAAACCAUUUAUGGUACUUGAGAUUUUCUUUCAGAAAUUAUUGAACCAAAACAUAAACGUCUGCUAUUUAUAUCUCUUUGACAACAACAGUAAAUAAACUAAAGGAAUUUAGUUUAUUUAAAGGAAUUUACACUUUGUGUUUACUUUUUGAACUUCUGAACGCUAUCAUGUACUUGUGUUAUUAACUAAAAAUUGUGUCUGAUUUCUAUCACUAAAAGUUGUGUUUUCACGUUAUCUCUGAAGACAUCCCUGAUAUAAACCCUAAACUCUAAUAGUGAGUUAGUUGUAUGAGGAUUAUAUUUCAUUCCAUACAGUACAUCUUGAUUGUACAGUACAAUAUUGCUUCAAUAUUUGGACCUGAAAACUGAAGGCCCUGCUCCAACAAUGCUUAACAUAGACAUGCAAGUGUUGCAGCACUGAGCUUAUGUGGAGAGUUCCUUGUAACAUGUCUGAUUGUUUUAUCACGUAUUCAUUGUCUCACACAAAAGCUUCAGUCUCACAACAAACUGUGGAACUUUCCUCCAAAACCGAUCCAUUCUGACACUCGUUCACCGCGCCUCUGACCAUGUCGAACCAGCGGACAUUCUCUUUACGUCCAAUAUCACAUAUUCUAAAGUGACUUCAAAUGUUUUUUUCCCCAGUAACAUAAAUUUUAACUUUGGAAUGUAAAAAAGAAUGUGUGUUUUUUGUUCUUGUCUCUGCCUCGCAUUGACUGCUGUGAUAAAGGAGUGGACGAAAAGUAC